AUGGAAAUUAAAGUAAUAAAUGAAGAUAAAAAUCUUGUUUUGAGACUUCCUGUUAGUAAUUAGAACACCAAUACCUCUUAGAAUUAAAGAAUCCCUCCAUUGAUUCUUACACAAAAAAUAAUAAAUAAAGAACUUUAGGAUUCGAUUAAAAAGGUUGAAUAAAAUAACAAGCCUGAUGUUGAAAAAGAUUAUUAGUAUGACUAAGGCAUAUAGUCAGCAAGAUCCGUAAUUAUUAGCAAUAGAGAUAUGAGAGAAAGCUUUAAGAGAGAUUCACUCAAUGAUUCAUAACUAUCAAUGUCUUAUGUCAAAUAUAAUUAAAAAGAAAACUCAUCUGCAUUAUAUUAAUCAUAAGCUCAUAGAUUUUCUUUCAACAGAUAUUAAUCAACUGCUGAUCAUUCAAGAAUGACUAAGUAUUUAAAAUCUUAAGCUUUAGAAAAAAGCUGUGCUAGCUCCUAAAGUCAUGAAACAAAUGCUAUAUUUUCUCUUGAUCAUGUACUGCCUUCAUCAAAUAUGGAGACUAAUAGGCUUAUGGCAACUGAUUUUGUAGAAAUAAACUCAAUUAAUAAAGAUAGUAUUUUAAAGGACUUGAAAGAUCUAAAACAAAUUAGAGAAAAAUAUGAAGAUUAAUUAUUUUAUGCUGAUGAGCACGCUUUGCUAACCAACCCAAAAUCUUCUUAAUAUAUCUAAUGGAAGGAGGAUUUUUAAUGGAAAAGAAUAAAAGAUUUAUAUCCUAGAUAUAAAUUUUAGCUUUUGAGCUCUCUUAGUUGUUAGACUUUGAUAAAGCCAGGAGUUGUUGAAAUUCCUUAUUUAAUUACAGUACUAAAUAUACUCAAAGAGUUUCCAAAUAAAAUCAUGAACAUAGUUGAGAAUUAAACUUUAAAUGAUACUUGUUUAUAUUAUGUAAGGUUGUGCUUAGAUGGUGUUUGGAAAUACAUUAGUGUUGACGAUCAGAUACCAUGCGUUAGAAAGUCUAAGGCUACUAAGACUGAGCCCUCCUUUUUAGAUCUACGUCCUAUAUCAUUACAAAGCCACGAUGUAUGGCCUCAUUUAUUGAUGAAAGCAUAUGCUAAGUAUUUAGGAGCAUAUGAAUUGUUGAUGCAAGGAAAUGUAGAAGAAACUCUAAGAGAUUUUACAGGUGCACCAAUUGAGAAGAUAGAAGCUUGUGAUGAGAGAUUACAGUAAAUUGUUUCUUAAGCUUUAGAUAGAAAGUUUAUUGUAUUAGCCUAACCUCAUUAUGAUUUAGAUUAUGAACUUCAGGAAUCUUCAGGAAUUAAAGUUAACAAUUCAUAUCCAAUUACAAAUGUUUUGCUUCUCUAGGGAGAAUGUAUUUUUGAAAUUAAGGAUUUUUAAGGAAAUUGCUAGUGGAGUGAUCCCAUUUUAUUUGAAAAUUUUAAAGAAGAUGACCUAAGAGCUUUACAAAUAGGCGUGAAAUAAAAUGUAUUUUAUAUGAAAAAAACUGAUUUUUAGAGAGUAUUUGAGAAUAUCUCAAUAUGUAAGUCAAAUGAUUAAUUUUAUUACAACUCUACUCCAAUUAGACAUGCUAAGAAUAGAUAUAGCGCUAAAAAGUUUACAUUAAAGUAGAAAGGUGUAUGUUACUUUGAAUUAAAUUAAAAAGACCAAAGAUUGUUUCGUGAAAGUGAUUACAGUUACAUAUAGGGAAGAGUUAUUAUUCUGAAAAAAUAUGAUAGAGAAAAUUUUGAGUUUGUUGAAGGAAUGUGGGGCGUAUCAAGAAAUAUUUCUAUCGAGCUAACUCUAGAUGAAGGAGAGUAUUAUAUAAUUUGUAUACUAGAUUAUGAAAAGAAUAUUAUUGAUACUGUGCUAUCUUAUUAUGGUGAGUAGCCAAUUAAUUGGUCGAAGGUUAAUUUUAAUAAAGAGCCUAAUAUCCUUGAAAAAGCUAUGCAAUAGAUGUGCUACGAGAAAGGCACUAAGAAAGAUAUAACUUAGGAUAUUCAACUUUAUUAAAAUCUAGAAGAAAGGGUCGGAUUGAUUACCUACUUUUAUGAAAAUAUAAGCUCUUAUGAUUCUUAAAAUAUUUUAGUUGAUUUAGAUUUAGAUGAGGACUAAGUAGUACCAUUAUCGAUUCUACCUUCAAAUUAAUUACAACUAUAGCCUCUAUCUAAUUAAAUUUUUAUAUGGAAAAUUAAAAACUUAGAGAAAAAGUGA